AUGCGCGGAUUUAAAUACCGCUACAGAUCUGGACAAGGGUCAGGAUAUAGAGAAUCCGGGACAGCGGUAACACAGAUCGAUAAGGUCUUUACAGGAUUGGGACAGUUGUCAAGUAUGCGAUGUUUUUUUAUUAAAUAUAUUUUAUUAUAACUUACACAGCUGUGUCAUUGUAUUUAAUUGUGUAAGGCUAAUAUUUUAACAGUGAUGACAUCUUCUGGACUUCUAUCAGUGUAUGAAUUUUAUGUACAGUGUACCAAUCCAGUAUUGCUUUGGUGAGCCUGCAAACAACGUGCAUACAUCAGCACAUGUAAAUCAAAUGUACACACACACACACACUCACUCCACCCCCACCCCGAUGGUAUUUAAAUAAACAAUUCUACACCAUGUCAUUAUACUGAUUAUGUGCGUCAGAUGAUGUCACCAUUUUUUAACUAGUAUAUUAUUGUCAUUUCCUACUUGGUAUACUCAGUUUUUUUGUUGUGUAAGCAACAGAGUAAUCUCUAAUGGGUUGUUAUUUUUGUGUAGUGCAGUAGGAAUAAUACACUUGCCAAAAUACAAACUUACAGGAGCUAAUAAAACAAUAUGCCAAUAUUUAUAAAAUAGUCCUUUGUAGUUUUUUCCAACUCUUUUCAGGUAAAACUUCUUCUGUCAAGGUUUUUUUUUUUUUUUUUUUUUGCAAAUACUAUGUACGUUGUGGGAAAAUAAAACGUAUAGGGCGUUUGUUGUGGAAACCAGUGUUCCUAAUCCUUACACGCAUAUUUUGUGUUUGUUUGUAGAAUUGUUUGGGUUCGUUUUUUUUUUUUUGUUUUUUUUUUGUUUUUUUCUGGGCUUUGUAUUAUAUAUUCAGGGCUUAACUAUUCUACUUGCCUCAAGUCAUUGGUGAGUGAAAAUUUAGACCCGGCUAGUAGCAUUGGACUUGAAAUGUAAAACAUUUAUAUAUUUUUUUUAUCACUGCUUUUAGUUUUAAUUUGAGAGUUCUAGUACCUGCACAAAUGCAAACAAACACAACAAAACUCUAUAAAAAGGGUCUUUGCUAAUGCUUAAUGACACAUUGGGAAAAAUUAACCAAAUCUGAAAUAUAGCUACAUUGGAGAUUUUUUUCAGUUUGGUUACUUUGGCCUAGAGUUUGCAAUUUCAUGUGUAGUGAGUUACCCCCGUUCAUCUGUUCUUCAAUAAAAUGGUUUUGCUUCUAGGUUGAUGACAAUUCACCAAUCCUAAAAAAAUAUUAUGUUAAGUAAUGAGUAAACAUGUUUAAUCUUCUUCUCCAGGUAGAUAUCACCACCACUUCCAUCAUGCAUCAGAAGAUACUGAAGAGUGCCCACUACAUAGAGCUGGGGAGCUAUCAGUACUGGCCCGUCCUGCUUCCAAGGGGCAUUAGACUAUAUACCUAUGAGCAGAUUCCUGUUUUCCUCAAAGACAACCCAUAUAUCACAGAUGGCUAUCGAGCAUAUUUACCAUCCAGAUUGUGUUUGAAAAGGUAAGUAGCAAAACUUAAAAUUCUGGAAGUUUUGUCUUUUUUUUUUUUCCUUUUUGUAAUUUUUCAUUUUUUGCAUAACGAAAUUGAUUUAUUUUGAUUUUUAUCAUCAAUCCCUAAAUAUGUUUUGGUUUCCCAAAUCUGCAUUCAACUUUCGAAACUUGGUCAAAUGAGCAUUCGUAAAUUCAAAAACAUUACUGUACAGAGAUGCUAAGCACAAAAAAAAACACUUUAUCUUAAUGAAAUGUUUUGGUGCAUAGUUGCUGUCUCUUUUAUUAGACAAUGUAAAACAUUCUGAGGCAUGACAAUGUUUACAUUGUACCUAAAACCACAACACGUCCUCAUUGAUGCCUUUUUCGAUGGUCUUUAUGUUCAGCAUCAUCAUUCUUUGCAUGAUGAGGCCAAAGGCGUGUCUGGUACUGACAACCACUAGAAUAUGCAAAGUCUUGAUCUUGGCAUCAUCACUUCAAGCAUGAUGCUGAUGAACAAUUUUAAACAAUUUUUAAAAAACAAUUCAAAAGUUCACUGAAGUGGUUAUGCUACCAGGAGUGCCCUGUCGCCCUCUUAGUUAAACAGUUUUAGGAAGCUUUGACAACUUAUGUGGCACUAGGGAUCCAGUACCUCAUUCUCUGGUGCCGGAAAUUCUGCCGUUGCGCUAAGCCCUGCUUGUGCCAGACCAUGCUGAUUGGUCCUGCAACCAUUGAACUGACUCUGCACAUCCUUGCAGGAGCUUCUAGCAGCAUAGACCGUGACAGGCAUCAGUAGACCACAGGUAAGUUGAUAAGCCAUUCUUACGAGGGCACUCUUGGCACCAUAACUGCAAGAGCCAACAUGGAGUAUUUAUUUAGAGCAACCUGCAAUAUGAGUAUUUCAUAAAGAUAAAAUCUUUAUGAAAUCUUAUAUUGACUGUGUUGUAAUUUCACUGAAACUCCAAGCCAGUAAAAAGAUAGACUCCGUAUUUAUCCUACAUCUGACAUUUCUAGACACUGGGCACAGCUACCACUGUCUAGAAGAUUCAGUCUGCCAGUUACGGGUGCAGAGAUAUUUGCUGUAUCUAUGAGGAUCUCACUGGAUCCUCCAUAGACCUCAGUGCUGUACUCUUGUGCAUGCACAAGAGUGUACAGCAGUGACAUCGGCUCCCGGCGCUUCACGGAAACCGUCCCCAAACUAGGAAGAAUCACAGUAGAUUCUGCUGAUUGCAGUACUAUUAUAACUCUGACAUAUGAAAACCAAAACAAACUAAAUAAUCUAUAAAGUAAAAAUUCUGGGAACUAUUCAAUUUACAGUGAAACAGAUGUAUAAACUUGUUGCUAGCAAACCAGCAAUGCAACUGUGAGGCAACAUUCUUUGUAAGGACAUUCUACUCAUCUACUGCUUCCUUGGUUAUUUCAGCACAAACACUGUAUAUUCCCUAAUGUCAAUCACACAGAAUUAAUCAACUAUGUGAAAACAUUUUACUGUGGUAAAUAACAUAGUGAUGGAUUAAAAAAGGAAAGAAAAAAAAAAACUAUUUACCUUUUGUUGCACUUUCUUCUGGGAACUUCCUGUUACUUGAUGCAUGCAGCAAGUGGAAAAGUGCUGUAUGCAUACAUGCAUAUUAGGUAUUAUGUCUAGCAUGUGCUAUGCGUAUCGCACUACAAGAGUUAACUCAUUUACAAACUAUGCCUAGCCUUGCCAUGCAAAGAAUGUCAAUGAAAAUACAUACAUAUAUAUAUAUAUAUAUAUAUAUAUAUAUAUAUAUAUAUAUAUAUAUAUAUAUAUAUAAUGUGUAAAAAUAGCUCUAUAACUAGCUAUUUUAAUUAAAGGAACACUAUAGGGAUAGGAACACAAACAUGUAUUCCUGACCCUAUAGUGUUAAAAACACCAUCUGGCAUCCCCAUGUCCCCCUAAAUACACCCUUUUCCAAAUUAUUAUGCAAAUUAUAUUUUUCUCAUUUACCUAAAUAAUUGAUGUAAAUAACAGUCAGCAUAAUUCUCAUGUUAUCAACUAUUAAGAGUACAAUUCAAAUUUUAUUGAACAAACCUCCUAAUGAUAACAGUAUUUUCUUUAAAGGGACACUAUAGUCACCAGAACAACUACAGCUUAUUGAAUUUGUUCUGGUGAGUAGAAUCAUUACCUUCAGGCUUUUUGCUGUAAACACUGUCUUUUUAGAGAAAAUGCAGUGUUUACCUUACAGCCUAGUGAUAACUUCACUGGCCACUCCUCAGAUAGCUGUUAGAGAUCCUUCCUGGGUCAUGGAUACCUAAAAUGCUUGCAAACAUUCAGUAUCUCCUCCCUCUGCAUGCAGACACUGAACUUUCCUCAUAGAGAUUAAUUGAUUCAGUUCUGAUUUGGCCAAGGCUGUGUUUGAAUCAUGCUGGCUCUGCCCCUGAUCUGCCUCUUUGUCAGUCUCAGCCAAUCCUAUGGGGAAGCACUGUGAUUGGGUCAGGCUACCACAUGACAGCAGACUGCUUGUUUUUAUGAGUCUAACAGCAUGCAGAGUUACAGCUUCAGGUUUGAAUACAGUAAGAUUUUUACUAUAUUUAUGGAGGCAUGAGGGGCUCAGGGGGCUUAGAUGGUGGUGUUAACACUAUAGGGUCAGGAAUACAUGUUUGUGUUCCUGACCCUAUAGUGAUCCUUUAAACAUAAACUUACAAUGCACUGUUCCAAAUUAUUACGCACAGUAAGUUUCAAAACUAUAGGUUGUAAAGAACUGAAAAUUGUCAUUUGUUGUAUUUGCAGCAUAUUUACUGAAAUCAAAAGGUAUUUCAAUCAAACUUAUAACAACAUUUUAACUUUUUAAACAUUUUAACAGGUCACGUUACAUUUUAACAUAGGACCCCUUAUUUGAUAGCAGCUUAACAAGUCUUGCAUCCAUUGAACUUGUGAGUUUUUCGACAGUUUCUGCUUGAAUUUGUUUGCAAGAUGUCAGAAUAGCAUCCCAGAGCUGCUGUUUGGAUAUAAACUGCCUCCCACCCUCAUAGAUCUUUUGCUUGAGGAUGCUCCAAAGGUUCUCACUAGGAUUGAGGUAAGGGGAGGAUGGAGGCCACACCAUGACUUUCUCUCCUUUUAUCCCCAUAGCAGCCAUUGAUGCAGAUGUAUUCUUUGCAGCAUGAGAUGGUGCAUUGUCAUGCAUGAAGAUGAUUUUAUUACGGAAAGCAUAGUUCUUCCUUCUGUACCAGGGAAGAAAGUGGUCAGUCAGAAACUCCACAUACUUUGCAGAGGUCAUCUUUACACCUUCGGGGACCUUAAAGGGGCCGACCAGCUCUCUUCCCAUGACUACACCACCGCCUUGCUGACGUCGCAGCCUUGUUGGAACAGGGUGGCCAUCCACCAAACAUCCACUACACCAUCCAUCUGGACCAUCCAGGAUUGCACGGCACUCAUCAGUGAACAGGACUGUUUGAAAAUUAGUCUUCAUGUAUUUUUCUGCCCAAUGUAGCCGUUUCUGCUUGUGAGCAUUGGUUAGUGGUGGCCGAAUAGAAGGUUUAUGCACAGUUGCAAGACUCUGGAGGACUCUACACCUUGAUGUCCGUAGGACUCCAGAGGCAUCAGCAGCUUCAAAUAUCUGUUUGCUGCUAUGUAAUGGUAUUUUAGCAGCUGCUCUCUUGAUCCAAUGCAUGGAUCUGGCAGAAAUCUUCCUCAAUGUGCCUUUAUCUGCACGAACCCGUCUGUGCUCUGAAUGAGCCACAAAUCUCUUAAUAGUGCGAUGAUCACGCUUAGGUUUUCAUGAAAUAUCUAAGGUUUUCAUACCUCGUCCAACGCAUUGAACCAUUACACUCUUUUCGGCAGCAGAGAGAUCCUUUUUCUUCCCCAUAUUGCAUGAAAAUGGUGCUCUGCUUAAUAAUGUGGAGCACCCUCCUCUAGUAGUUUUUCCUUAAAUUGGGCUCACCUGGCAAUCUAAUUAUCAUAGGUGUCCGAGAUUGUUUUCAGUGAUCAAAAGAGCCCUGAGACACAAUGCCAUCCAUGAGUUAAACUGAAAAACAAAAUAUUUAAUCUUUGUGACACUUAAAUAGAAUUUGCAUUAUAAUUUGGAACAGGUUGUAUAGUAAAAUAUUACUUUUAUUACAGUCUGCUGCUGUUGGCUCUGCCCCUGGUCUGCCAGCUUGGCUGACCUAAUCAGAAGGCAAUCUGAGGCAAUCACAAUGCUUUCCAAUAGUUAGGGUUGAAUUAUUAUUAUUAUUAUUAUUAUUAUGAUAUUUAUAGAGCGCCGUCAAAUUCCGCAGCGCUUUACAAUGGGAAUCAAUGCAUAUCUAUGAGAAAAGUUCUGUGUCCCCAUGCAGAGGGUGGAGACACUGAAUGGCAGUCCAGGAAGCACCCCUAGUAGCCAUCUAAGGAGUGGCCAGUGGAGGUGUUACCUAUGUUAUAUUGGAAACACUGAAUUUUCUCUGAAAAGGCAGUGUUUACUGCAAAAAGCAUGAGGGAAUGAUUAUACUCACCAGAACAAAUACAAUAAGCUGUAGUUGUUCUGAUGACGAUGGUGUCCCUUUAAGUAUUAGACUGUUCUAAAAUUGAGGAAGUGGCUCAGUCAGGAGAAAUAAAAAUAAUUCACAUGCAAAAAUUCACACAGUUGCAUAAUCCCUUAAAACACAUAAGUACUCCUAGAUACACACACACAGAAAUAUGUGGGUGCUAAUCUGCUGCAAAAAAAAGUAAGGGGAACACGUUAAUGUGGUCUGGUGAAAGGGACGUUUUCUAUUUCACUAGCUGUAUAGUGAAUAGUGCCAUAAUAGGUAUUGGCUGCAGCGAAACCAGAACCACUAGCGGUUUCCCUGCGUCUGUGGAAUGCAAAUUAAACAAACAUGGUUGCUAUGUGUAACGGAUCACCUGGCACCCCGACUGGGUACCUCCGUUGAAGGAUGCUCCUAGCGUUUCCUGAGGACUCCAAGCACUCUGGCAGACACCACAAUCACCGAACAAACAAAUAAAUUCUCCCAAGCAUAUGAAUGCUGUAGACAGUUGAAUAGGAACCAUACGAAUAGGUUUACUCUCCUAGCAGUCAAACUGGAACAGCAUACAAUAAAUCCUUCCCCCAAUAAUGAGACGACACUUCACUUUGAGGGUUAAAACAGGAACUCCUGUACUGUCACAUACAGUCUCUUUUAUUCCCAAUCCACAAACAUAGUACAGCCCACAGGGCGUUACAAAACAACCAAUCAAUCCGUACAAUACACCCAGACACCCCCACACAAAAUCCUCCCCUCUGCAGGUGAUAUGAUUACUGAACACAAUGGGUAAUCUCAUUAUCACCGGCAGAGGAAUACAGUUUUUACACAAUAUUUCUAACUUCUAAAAUAUACAUGUCACAAACAUAAAACAUACAUUUUCAUAAUCAGUCCAUUCAGGGCAACAACAUAUUAAAAAAUGGCACGAAUCAGACCAGGGGUUCAAAAGUUAAGGGAAAGUCCUUUGUGACUAAAUGAAGCAUAGCUUUCUGGCCCAAACCAGUUUCAGAGUCUUCUAUCCUGGAGAGUAAUUCAAUUAUCUCCCAGGAUAGACACAAGACUCCAUUAAGCACAUGGUUGCAAAAGACACAAAACACUUUAAAAUACAUAAAGUCACAUUUACACAUAACACACAGACAUUUCACAUAUCCCCAGAUAGCUGGGAUCUGAGUGCACAUUAUUAGAUGAAUGGCACUCGGAUCACACAAAUAAGCCUUUCUGCAGGGGAAAUAAACGGUUUAACCUGCAGGGCCAUAGUCCAAAGGGAGCAGGCGAGCAACCAGGCUUCUCCAGUUCACAGUGGCGAGGUUGGUUUCGCCACACUAUGUAAGAGACUUGAGGUGUAUUGCACUACCAUAGAAUUGCCACAGUCUCAAAUAAAUCUGUACCAUACUCUCUUCCACAUAUCAUGUUAUGUCUUGAAUGGUAGUAUGGUAGUACCUUGAAAUAAAACUACCCUCUAAAAAAACUUUCAUUUAUUUAUUUUUUUGGUGUAAUUUUACCCCACUUCCUUUACACUAUUUAAUCUGAUUUGAGAAAGAGCCUUUUUGUUUUGGGUUGUGUUUUGUUUUUAAUUUGUUUCGUUUUUUUUCCUCGUUUCCUUUUCUUUAAAUCAGCCAUGCAUUGUUGAAGUUGCACAGCUCAGAUGAAGAUGCUAGUGUUUUAUAGAUGGUUACUAUAAUAACCUUAUGUUGUACUGUGUUAUAAAGCUGUUAUUGUUUUUAUCAGAUGCGAGUGGUGUAGAAUAUUACAUUUUGUUGUGCAGAGUAUUACAUUUGUACAGUAAACUGAGAGACCAGAGCUGAUUUUGUUAUUCAUGUGAAUAAAAAUAUCUAACCACCAAAAGCACUCCAUCUUAGUUAAGUGGUUUUGGUCCAGGACACUGUUUUCAAUAGCCAUGUAAACCUUUCAAUUCCUCAGAAACAGCAAUACUUACAUUUUGCCUAAACUUCCUCUGUAGUCAGACUCACAGCCACUAGAGGUGCUUGCUCAUUUGAAGGGCUACUCCAAGCAUCAUAACCACUACAACCUGCUGCAAUAGUUAUGAUGGUAGGAGUACCCUGGAGCCGUUCCUUGGUUAUGGUUAAUAUGUUUUUGCAAUGUUUUGCCUUUUACCCAGCCCCCUUGCACCAGGUCUCAUCUCCUGCUGCCAAAUGACAUCCUGUUUCAUAUAUCAAAUAUCUAUGUGUGCAGCGUUUCAUAGUAAAAUGCUGCACAUACAGUCAUCUUACACCAUGACCUCUUCAAAACACUAAAAUGGUCAUGGUGCUUGGAGUUACCCUUUAAGAUUUUACAUUUUUGGAAGGUUUGGUAUCCUCACACACAGCAUGAUGGGGCCAGUGCUUCUCAUUGAGUGCAUUAAGAAGCAUUGGAUUGAUAAACAACGACCGAUGCGCAUGCACCUAAUGUCCACAAUCCUUCAUUGACUUGGACAAAAUAAAUCAGAAGUGAUGACUUCAAUGGAGAAGAAGCCACCACUGCAAUGUGUCUUUCCCAGCACUGGAAUACAGGUACAUUCAACAGCGUCUUUGGUUAUUUUUGUAUUUAAAAAAAAAAUAAAAAAUUUUUAACAAGGUUUGGGACAUUAAUCUAAACUGAAAAAGGAACACUGCAUUUUUAAAUUUCAGUAAUGUCAGGGAUACAAUUUGUCACUGGUUUCUGUUGAUGCAAGAAAAAUGUCAGCCAGGCACUCCGGACCAUGUGCAGCAGUUUUACUGGAAAACAGAAUCAAAGUGCAAUGCUGCUGCUAUUUUUCAUGCAUCAUUGGAAUAGGGGUAGCCAGCCCCAGGUUUGGAAGCACCAGGACCUAGUAUAUGAGUGCGGUUUCCCCUCUUUGCGGUUUGAUAUACUGGUUUCUGUUAUCUAAAUUCACAAAAUUACAUUUAUUUUUUAUUUUUCCCACAGCCUAUUCAUCUUGUCCAAUGAAUCUGUUAAUAUCUGGAGUCACCUGCUGGGUUUUCUCCUAUUCUUCAGUCUGGGAAUUUACGAUAUGAUGUUGGUUUUGCCAUCUGUAAAUGCAUCACGAGAGGACUUUGUUAUAUGUUCCAUCUGUCUGUUCUGCUUUCAAGUAAGUUUGUUAAAUGUGUCCAAAACAUUUAUUUACUGUUUGUUUGGUUUAUUUAUGAGCAUGGCGUGUGUUUUAAUAGAUACACCUCAAUUGCAACUUUGUGUUGUAGACCAUUUUACUAACCUGAUGAAGGGAAGUGCUGCCAAGAGACAUAAGCUUACAUGAACCGUAUGGAAACUUUAGUAUUGACUUGGCCAUUUCCUAGUUUUGUUAGCGCUUAAUGUAGAACCUGCAACAAGUACAGUUUGAAAACUGUAACAUGCAUGUUCACAAUAUACAGGAAGGUGGAAUUCCUAUUGCUAGGCAGGAAGUUUGAUGAGCACUAACGAGUGCCGGAUCUCAAGAGAGAGAUCAUCAUCAUUAUUAUUAUUUUGAAAUUCUUUAUUUUUGUUGUGCAUAUUGAGAAACAAGGAUUGCACAGUAUACAGAUAGAUCAAAGAGUUGGUUUGUCAGAUAUAACAGUUGUACAUAUAGAUCAGCACAUUUUUGAGAGAAUGAGAGAAGACAAGCAAACAAGACGUAGUGUAUUAUGCAUAAAACAUCUACACAGUUUCAACAGCUAUUAACUUAGUGCGUCAUAUUAUCCCUCUAUUAGCCUCCGCGCCUAGAUUGGAUGAGCUGACAGUGGAUAUGAAUUUAGUGUCGUAGUAAGCAAGAUAGGCAUAACGUCAACAUAAGGAUUAAUAAUAGAGACACACAGGCUGGCAGUAUACGCGUUGACAGGACUCAUAAGUAGUGGCGUUUGGAGGUGACUGUGCAAUCAGAUUUUGAAGUUAAAACAUUACAGGUGAAACUAUAGCUAUGAUUGUGAAUACUUAUGAGCUGAAAGAGUGGAUAGUUAUAUCUCAUGCAGGCCAAAUUGGUUAACGAACCACCACUACCGUCUAUAUGUAACAGAAAUAAAAUCUAUUUCUCUGCGAUUCAAGUGAGUGGUAAUGCGUAAGUAAACAAAGUAGUGAGUAACUUGUUCUUUUUAGAUGGUGUGUCCGGCACCAUUUCAAGUUUGUGAUUGUUAUGCGUACUAGGGAAGUGUUGGAGGUAUGUAGACGAUGUAGUGACCCCUAACCUAGGGUGGUUGUGGGGGAGAGGGGUUAACUAAGUAGGGGGAUAAAGCCCCAUGUGUGUGGCUUUAGAGUGUGUGGCUUACAUAAAGGAAAUAUGAGUUAUUUACCCAAUCUAUGUUCAUUUGUUUGGGGGCAUCUGUGGAUUUGUUUUUGUUUGUUUUCGAUUAGUUGUUUUUUUUAGGGGGAGUGGAUUUAGAGAAACACUUCACUCUCGAAAAUCAUUAGGGAUGGAGGUGGUAUAACCUCAUACAACAGUCAGUCAAAGUUUUGUUUAAAUAUCUUCAGUUUUCAGUUCUAAAACAUAGCAAAAAUCACCACAUUAAAUAAAUAGAUUCUCCCAUCCAUUUUGCUGAAGGGCACAAGGAUUAAGAGAUUUUAAAUGCCUCUGCCAACCUAAAAGCAUUCAGUACACAGUGGUUGGGUGGCUUGUUGCGAUGUGUGUAAGCUUGAGUAUACAAGAAAUGUAUUCUGGAUACUUAUUCCUAUUGAUAAAAAAUGGUCAGGGUUGUACAACAAAUGGAGGUUGGUGUCACUGUAGUGCGGCUUAACCCUUAUAUUGACAAAAAGUAUUAUUAGCCAAAUAAAAACUAUUCACACAAACAACCAUUUAAAGUCAAAGAAAUCCAAAAUGAUAUUCGUUGUAAUAACUUUGCACUCUGUGCUAAAUAGGAGAAAGAUGGGUAUCUAUAAAAAGUUUGUACCAGGGUUAAUCACUAAAGUGAGAAUUGCAGGGAAUUCAAAGUAAAUUUAAAACUCAAGGUCAAAAUAGCUGAACUGGAAUAAUUCUCCCAGUCAGCUAUGCUGUCAGUUUCGGCUACUUAGGCCUUCGAUUUGAAAUUCGCUUUGAAUUUCCUACAAUUCUCACUGAAUAACUCUCUGUAUGAGUCAAACUGUUAAAAUAAAUUAAGGGGGUGGGGGGAGAGGAGAAGCCUUUAUUUAUGACUAAGGGAAUAGGGUCUUCUAAUUCUGGUAAUUCCAUAAGGAUUUUAUAUUCUUUAAUUUGAGACCCCAGUCGUCCCUUCUAGGGCCCUGUUUAACUAGUUAAAUUCUACAAAAACAGAGACAUGUAUGCAUGUCCUUUUUUAAAAUGUUUUAACCGAGUUAAUGUUCUAUAAUGCUCAUUUUGAGUGGUCUAAAAGACAUACAGUUAAAGCGGCACUGUCACCGUAUGGAGACUUUGCUGCAUUCACAAAGACCCACAACGGUGACGUUGGAGGGUCUGGGGGGGCAAAUGGAAAAGAUGAGAUUACUUACCUGUCCCUCGCAGACGCCGCCAUCUUUCUCGCUCUGCUCCUCUUAAAGUGCCAGGAGCCGACGUCAUUGAUGUAUGUUUGCGCAUGCGGGAGAGUAUAGUAUUGAGGUCUAUGUGAGAUCCUGUGUGACUACAAGAUCCCCUAUAGACACAGGCAAACCCCUGCAGCCGUCACUGAUGACUGCAGUGGGAAUUAAUACUUAGACUCCGCGCUACGUCUAAGAAAGUCAGGCGGAGGAGAAAUACAGAUACAAAGUAGUCCUUACUUUGUCUCUGUAUAUCGCUUGACUGGGUUGGGUUAGUAAAGUGAAAAUCCAACACCGUCAGAAUGAGUAUGUCAUAAUAAUUCUAGAUAUUGCUUUUGGCUAAUUCUAAAACAAGGCCCCUUACAGAAAGCAAGUUAUAUCUUGUCAGGCAAAUAUAACAGCAAAAAGGGGAAGAAGCAUAAAAGAUAAUGUGGUGGCCAUCCACUAUAAGGGCAUAUCAUCUACACACUUGGCUCUCCAAAAAAGUGCCUUGGGUGAGAAUUAGCCAAAAGCAAUUCCCGAUCUUGUACACAUGAGCCCCUCCUGAAAUAACUGAUUUUUAUCACCAGCAGCUUUUGAUUUAAAUGAUUUUAUACAUGCUAUGUUAUAUUAUUUUUGUGUGUUUUAUUUUUAUUUGUUUCCUUUACACUUUGGAAUUUCCCCAACAUCCCCUCCCUGCCAUUUAAAGGGUUAAACAAAUCUGUUAAACACUUACCUAAUUUCAGCUCGAUGUCUUUGGGUCGGGUUCCUCAAACGUCAGCCGAUGGGAAGCCGCAUGCACAGCGAGCACCACAUACGCAUUAGGCCUUCCCAAUAGGAAAGCAUUGACUCUAUGCCUAUUUUUACACUGCUUAUCUAGUCAGUGGACUAAAAAAAAUUAAGUUGUAUAGCUUCCGUGCACUUAAAAUCUUCAUACAGCUACCUAGGACCCCAGUGGUUAGAGAAAUGUCCACCUUAAAGGACCACUAUAGUGCUAGGAAAACAAACUCAUUUUCCUAGCACUAUGUAGUCCUUAGGUACCCCCCACCCUUAUGUCCCCCCUCCCGCUGGGCUGAAGGGGUUAAAUCCCCUUCAGCCACAUACCUUUCUCCAGCGCUGGGCUCCCUCGGCGCUGAGGAACUCUCCUCCUCCUGCCAACGUCAGCGCAUGCGCGCGCAUUGAAACUGCCCAUAGGAAAGUAUUACUCAAUGCUUUCCUGUGGACGUCAGCGUCUUCUCACUGUGAUUUUCACAGUGAGAAUCGCGGAAGCGACCUCUAGUGGCUGUCAAUGAGAUUAACCCUCAGUGUAAACAUAGGAGUUUCUCUGAAACUGCUAUGUGUUUAGCUGCAGGGUUAAAACUAGAGGGACCUGGCACCCAGACCACUUCAUUGAGCUUCACUCUGAAGGAAGAGAGGUUCGGCCUGCGGUGGUUGUGGCGUCAGCUAGAGUGCUUGGAAUCCUCAAGAAGUGCUAGGAGCAUCCAUCAACGGAGGUACCCAGUCGGGGUGCCAGGUGAUGCGUUACAACAACUGCCUACUGGGCGACGAUAAAUGCAAAAAUCCAAGAGAUAACAGACACGCCUUACCAUGUUCUUGCACCACACGACAUCCCCCUGUGAUAACCUAAUACCUACUAACUGCUGCAAAAUCCAUAAUGCCAUCACUAUGGAAACAAACAGGUGUGCCAUCCUUCCAGUAACUUUAUUUCUUCUACUUAGAGAUUUACUCCAACUCGUUGACUCCCCUAUUUGCAGUAAUGGGUCACCAAUGUGCACUGUAAAGGUUAUUUAAUGCUUGCCACACACCGACUCGACUAACCGCUGUUAGCUUAGGCCAACAAUCAGAACCUGUGGCAGACGAGGAUUGGGUUUGGGAGGUAUUGACAGCUAGUGGUUCCAUCUCACAGAGUUUGGCCGCUAAAUAUGCUUGUAGACCAACUGCCAGGUAACUUCCACUGUAUAAACCGAAAAAACUGUCGGAAACGACAAAUAAAUAAAGAUUGUAAAAAAUAAAAAUAAAAGUUCACUUUUUUUCACUAGGUUAAAAGAAGUUCCACUGUUGAAAACUGUUCCUCUUUAAUAUCUGUUAGCUUUCUGACACGUGAAAAGUUCAUAUACUGGUGUGUGAUAUUACAUUAGUGAAUCAAUUUUCAAGAUUCAAAAUGUUAAUCACCUUGAUAUUCUUUAUUUAUUCAGAGCAGCCUGGAAGCAUCCCUGCAGAGGCCCAGAUGGCCAGAACAGCUGUCUGUUUGUAAAUUAACAGAAUGCUGACUUAUUAACACAAGCUAUGCUUUAUGAAAUUUGUUAUAGAUGCCAUAGGGGUAAUAAAGCAACUUCAAGAAGGUGAAUGGAGGAAACACUCACUGUGAAAAUUGUAUACAUACAUCACUCGGCUUUGGCUGCCCAUGAAUAAACUGUAAUACUGUGAUAUUCUCUGUUUUAAAGCAUGUUCUGUAUUAGUUGUGAUCACACAAGGCAAUGCCAUGGAAUGUUUUCGUAUUUUUCAUGCAUAGUUAAUAAAGAGGAACUGUCUUCUCAAAUUACAUUCUGAUAUAAAACAUUGAAAGUCAUCUGUAACUUCUGUUUUUCAUGAAUGUUCUAUAAUGGCAGUCUAUGUUAAAAGAUUUAGAAAAUGACAUCAUAGUCCAGUUCAGACAAGACAAAGCCAGGGAAAACCUGAAUAUUGCUUCAUUUCUCCUCUUCUCUGCAUUCCUUGUCUGUGUUUACUGUGAAAUGGUAAGGACAAAGCUUAUAAUGAUGGCUGACAUGGUGGAGCCUAGCUGCAGGAUAAUGAAAUGUUUUAUAGUGCAGGGUUUCAUUGCCUUUAACUGCAAAAUAACCAUGUGUGUCUCGACUAUUUCAUUCAGAUGGUCUCAUAAAGACCAUCUUAUUGGUGCAGUGUUUUGCUCGGCACUAGCCUCCCAAUGCUUUCCUAUGGUUAAAGGGAUACUAUAGUGCCAGGAAAACAAACUUGUAUUCCUUGCACUAUAGCUACCCUCUCCCUCGCGGCCCCCCCUAAAGUCGCCUAGCAGCUGGAAGUCCCUCUAGUGGCUUUCUAGUAGACAGCCACAAGAGGUGGAGUUAACCCUGAAAGGUAAUUAUUGCUGAUUCUUAAAAACUGCAAAAAUUACCUUUGCAGGGUUAAGAGACUUGGGACUAUGCACCCAGACCACUUCAAUGAGCUGAAGUGGUCUGGGUGCCUAUAGUGUCCCUUUAAGCAUUACUUUGGCUGUGAUUAUUAACAUUAAUGAACUUAGCCAACAAAUCUGGGCUGGCCACAGGAUACACAUUUUUAUAUUUCACAUCUCACAAAUACAUUUUUGCUACUUAUAUGUACAUAAAAGUAAUAAUAAUAAUAUUAAUAAAUUAACAAGAAAACUGAAGAGUGGUAGUUCCCCUUUAAAGAAACACUGUAGACCCUGUGGUAGGCAACUUCUCCUCUGAUGCUUUGCCAGCAUUAUGGCUGUAAGAGCAUUAUGAGAGAUCACAACAUCUGGAGUGCCAAAAAUUGUGUACCCCUGUGUUAGGCAUCAAAAGCAUUACAGCAUUUUUGGGUGUAUUCCCUCUGGUCUUUGUCAAACUGUUUUCAAGUACUUUGACAAGAAAGAGGCCCUCCUAGCACCCAUUCUCUCAAUCACUGGGAAGCCCAGGGAUAAUGCAGAAUUUUACUUUCACGCCAUCCUUACAAAUCAGUGAAAAUCUGAACAGCAACAAAGCUUCGAUACCGAUCAUUCUGUUGGUUUUAACCCAUCAGUAAAGGAUAAAUAAACAUUAAAAUAAUAUAAAUCUGAAGUAACUUUUAAAACCUGAAACCUUACUAAAUAAAAAACAAAGAAAUCACUAUACUGAAAACUGUUAUAACAUGAAUGAUAGUGGAGUAUUUUUUUUUUGGGGGGGGGGGGCGUUAAAUAUUACUACCCCUUUUUGGCUGUCUGAGCUAGCAUUAAAGAGUUCCCUCUUUUAUUACCCUGGUUGUGGGAUAAAAAGGAGAUUCGUGGGGUAAGUUUCAUGGUCUAUAGUGCAAGCUUCACCGCUAAGCUCUGAGAAGCCGGCCGCACAGCUGUCGCUCCACCAGCAGGUUAUAGGAAGCAGGUGACAGCCCUGCCUCAGGCUUCAAAGUCUUUGGAGAUUGGCAGUGUGUGAGCAUCAAGAGCCUGGAAACACAAUCCAUUAAGUCCUGAGUGGGUGGAGUCUGCCAUAUACAACCGAAACCAUCUAGCUGUCAAUCAUUUAACAGACUGAAGGACUGAAGUAGUUAUACUUUGUUUUUCUGUUUUGUUUUCUUGUUUAGUUUUUUUGUGGAGGUCCCUGUGUUUUCUUUGAUUUAAAACAGAUUAAAAUGGAAUGUUAGAAAUGCAGUCUUAAAACGUAAUAUGUUUGUUUUUCAGUUUUCUUAUUUUUUUCCAUUGAAUGUAUUGUACCAUAAAUCCUUGUGUUUGUAGGUCUGCAUGCUGUGCUCCGUAGGUUAUCACCUAUUCUGUUGUCACCGUUCAGAGAAAACUAGCCGUCGAUGGAUGGCGUUGGAUUAUGCAGGCAUUUCAAUCGGCAUCCUGGGCUGUUACGUCUCUGGAGUAUUUUAUGCUUUCUACUGCAACAAUGUAGGUAACUUAUUAUAUUUUUUGUAGUAUUAUUAUUAUUAUUUUAUUUUUUUCUCCAUGUUUACUAAGCGAAGGAAACUACAUUUCCUGGUUCAGACCAAUGAAGCUAUCACAUUGGAUUUCAGUAGUGCCCCAGGCAAGGUUUUAUUUUGUAUUCUCCAGACCUUGAGUCUUAUUUAUCUUGCUAAUGAGCACUGUUGGGAGCUGAAGUCCACAUAAUUUACAUGAGUGAAUUUCCAUAUUAAAAAUAAUGAGUGAAGGGACAUUUGAACUCCUGGCUUCUGUGCGUCCUGUUUGAACACGCUUUGCCAACUGCGGCUGCAGCCUGAGAGCUUACACAGCAGUACUUCAAAAAGAGUCUUUUGUGGGACGGAAAGAGAAAUGCCAACUGAGCCAUUUGGGGUUCAUUAGCUGGAGUUUUGAUCGGGGAAUUGAAUGGAUCAGUGGACUGUCAUUGAAUUUCCGAACCUAUUAUCUUUAAGUUGUUACUGUUUUUAUUUUAACCCUUAAUAUUGCAACUCUGGGUUUUAUCAAAUGAGUUUAUACAGAACUCGUUAACCAAAUGCUGAACUAGCGGCUCAAGUGUUUAACGACCCCUUUUACUGUUUAGAAUGUAUUGGCAAAUGUUCAGAUUUUUAAAGAACCCAGCGAGGCACGAAUCUGUGAUGCCAGUCAGUCAUAAAAGUGCUAAAAGCAUAAAACGAAUGUGCAAUACUAAGCAACUCUGUAGUCCAUAAACUAGCCCUAUAGUCUCAUGGUUAAAUCCUCCUUUUUAAGCAUCCGCAUCUUUAUUUUUUAUGAGUUAUUAUUAUGAUUUAUGAUAAAUAUAGUAAAUUAAAAAAAAUAUUUUUAUAUUAAUCCUCAGAUUACAGUUACUUCUGGAAAAUUUAGAUUUCCAGAUACUGAAUAAUUAUUUACAUUCGAAUAAUAUUUUCUCUGUGCAAUGCUUAAUGUGUGUUCCCUUUAGCUAUAUGUAUCUAUGUGAUUUUACCAUUUCUUUAUUUGAUCAUUUCCAGUUAUUUUGAAUUAAUUCAGUCUCUUAAAGCUGAUUGUGUAUAGAUGAAAUAAUAAUCAAUUAUAGGUCGUAAUUGCUUGAUUGACAGGGCUUCUAGGCAGAAUCUCAGGCUUCACUUUAAAUACUUAUUUUGUUACACUGAAACAUGAUUAAAUGGUGAUGAUGCAGGUAUGGCAUCCUAGCACAAACAUAAAUUAUUAUUGCCAUUUAUAUAGCGUGAACAGAUUCCGUAGCACUUAAUUAUCUAUAUUAAUCUAUAACCACUACAAUGUGAUGAUAAAUAUGGCAAGAUCAGGUAAUAGUUUAUGGGGGGAAUGACAUCCAAUGAAAUUGCUUUUGCAUUAAACAUUCCAAUUUACAAAGAGGAGUCUUCUUUCUGUUCUACAGUACUGGCGCCAGGUAUAUUUAAUCACUGUACUAGCCAUGAUCCUGGCAGUAUUCUUCGCUCAGAUUCACCCAAGCUACCUCACACAACAAUGGCACAGGCUCCGUUCUGUAAUCUUCUGCUCGGUCUCUGGGUAUGGCAUCAUUCCUACAAUCCACUGGAUUUGGCUAAAUGGAGGCUUAGGAGCUUCCAUUGUUCAGGUAGGUAAAAUUGAGCAGUUGUUGCAGAUCUUUGCAGUUUUAACAUUAAGUUAUAUUAAUACAUUAUUGAUGCAAAAGUGUCAGAAACAAAAUGCUGACUACAUUUUAAUGCCUAGGUAAAUAUACAGUUAGGUCCAGAAAUAAUUGGACACUGACACAAGUUUUAUUAUUUCGGCUGUUCACCAUAAUAAUUUCAACACCGUUAAAUAAUGGAUAUGGGCCAAAUUGGAGGAAUUACAGCUCUUUAAUAUGUAGCCCUCUCUUUUUCAAGGGACCAAAAGUAAUUGGACAAAAAAGAUUUAAAAAAAAAAACUCAAAAGCUGUUUCAUGGACAUGUGCAGGCUAAUCCUUCAUUAUUUUUUCAUCAGUUUAGCAAGUAAAAGGUCUGGAAUGGAUUCCAGGUGUGGUAUUUGCAUUUGGAAGCUGUUGCUGUGAACCCAUGCGGUCAGUGAAGCUCUCAGUGCGAUCCUUAGGCUGCAAAAAAAAAAAUCCAUUAGAAAGAUACCAGGAACAUUAGGAGUCGCCAAAUAAACCGUUUGGUACAUUCUGAGGGAAGAAAAACACAAAAAAGCCUGGACGUCCACAGCAAACAGUGGUGAAUGAUAGUGGGAUCCUUUCCAUGGUAAAGAAAAAGCCAUUCACAUCCAGCCAAGUGAAGAAUACUCUCCAGGAGGUAGGCAUAGCAUUACCAUAAAGAGAAGACUUCACAAGAGCAAAUACAGAGGGGGGGUUCACCACAAGAUGCAAACCAUUCCUCAAGAAUGGAAAGUGCUGAUUAGACUUUGCCAAAAUAAAAAAAAUAAAAAAAAAAAGCCAACCUAGAACAGCAUUCUUUGGACAGAUGAAACCAAGAUCAACUUGUAUCAGAAUGAUGGUAAGAAAAAAAAAAAGUACGGAAAAGGGUUGGAACAGCUCAUGAUCCGAAGCAUACCACAUCAUCUGUAAAACAUGGUGGAGGCAGUGUGAUGGCAUGGGCAUGCAUGGCUUUCAAUGGCACUGGGUCUCUAGUGUUUAUUGAUGAUGUGACAGAAGACAGAGGCAGCCUUUAUUAAGUGUAUAGGGAUAUAUCUUCUGCUUGGAUUCGGCCAUAUUUAGCGAGUUGACUGGAUAGCGCUUCACUUUACAGAUGGACAAUUACCCAAAACAUACUGCGAACGCAAUCUAGGAAUUUUUUAAGGCAAAGAAGUGGACUAUUCUGCAAUGGCCAAGGCAAUCACCUGAUCUCAACCCAAUCGAGCAUGCAUUUCACUUGCUGAAAACAAAACCUAAGACUGAAAGAACCACGAACAAACUACUGAAGACAGACCUGUGAAAUUAUCGCAAACGAGGAAACCCAGCAUUUGGUGAUGUACACAAAUUUCAGCAGUUAUUGCCUGCAAAGGACUCUCGAAAUAGUAUUAAAGAUUUUUUUAACAUUUUAUUUAUGAUUGUAUGAAUUACUUUAGAACCCCUGAAAUAAAUGGGCUGUGUAUGAAAAAUGGUUGCAGUUCCUAAACGUUCCAUACAAUAUUUUUGUUCGACCUCUCAAAUGUCUGCUCUUCAGUUACAUCUUGGUUUUUUCAUUUCAAAUUAAUUGUGGGGGGUGUACAGAGCCAAAAUUAGGAACAUUUUAUUUCAGAAACGAACUAUACAAAUAAAGCACCAAAUUGAGAUUCUAAAAAAUGUAACAUACCAUACAAAUUAAAAUGUACAUUCGUGACAGUUCUAUGAUCUAUAUAUGAUUUAAAAUAUUAUUCCCACUUAAACUUAUUAUAGACCGAUAUUAUUGGUCUGCUUUGCAGUUUAGUCUAGAAUAGUGGUGGCUAACCUUGACACCCUAAAUUGUUUCUGGACUACAUUUCCCAUGAUGCUCAGCUAGCUUUUAGAGUCUAAAAGCUAGCUGAGCAUCAUGGGAAAUGUAAUCCAGAGACAAUUUAUGGUGUCAGGGUUAGCCACCACUGAUCUAGAAAAAUGUUUCAUGUUAAUCUUCCUAUGCCAUACAGAUAUUAAAGCUGCUCCCUGUCCCCCAGGGCAGCAUGGCUUUAUGGGUAGAGCCAGACAAUUGAAGUUCAUUUAUUAGCUACCUACUUUGUUCAGAUAGUAUAUAUGUCCUGAUAUGUCUGUUACAGUGCUUAUGUUAUGAAAAUAUUGCGUUUUGUUUUAUUUUGUGUUCCUGCUUUUUCCUUACUAUUGCAGGAGUUUGCUCCACGUGUAAUUGUUAUGUACAUGAUUGCAGCUUCAGCCUUCCUAUUCUACAUUUCUAAAGUUCCAGAAAGGUAUUUUCCAGGUAAUCUAUUUGUGAGAGAGUUAUUUGCUAUAUAGUGAUCAUGUAAAAUAUAAGUUCCAAAUCAAUUGUGUUUCAAGCUCAUCUGUUCUAGCAUACAUUUGCAGUUGCCUUAUCAGUUCACUACAAUUACUUUCUUUGUGAGUCUCCACAUAGAGAUUGAAGUUUAAUUAUACAUUUAUUUCAAAGCACGACAUCACAAUCAGAACUACACAGAAAACAAUAACUGAGCCAGUAUCAAGGAUAACAGAGAACAGGAAUAACCAGUGCUAGCCGUUCCAAUAAUCAAAAAAACAACAGUUUAAAUAGACACUAUAGUCACCAGAACAACUACAGCUUAAUCUAGUUCUGGUGAGUAUAAUCAUUCACUGCAGUGUAAACACUUCAGAGAAAAGGCAGGAUUUACAGUUCCCUUUAGGGACACCUCCAGUGGCCACAGAAGGUGCUAACUGUGUGCAGCACUGCCGUUCAGCGUCUCCAUGCUGAACCUUCCUCAUAGAGAUGCAUUGAUUCAAAGCAUCUCUAUGAGGAGGUGCUGAUUGGCCAAGCCAGCGUUUGGCCCUGUCCCGCCUACCCCCUAGGGAAAGCAUUGGAUUGGCUGAAAUCGUAAAUUCUGAUGUCAGCAGGAGGCGGCAGAUCUGCCUGGAAAUAAGGUAAUAUUAUUAAUGUAAAAUAUUACCUUUUAAGGGGGAUUCAAGCCACCAAAAUGGGUGUUUUAACAGUAAAGGGUCAGGAAUACAUGUUUGUGUUCCUGACCCUAGUGUUCCUUUAAUGAAAUAACGUGCUUAAUUUCUGUAGGAAGCACCCAGUCCACUGUGUCUUGAGUUAUACAGGCUUUGGAUUUUGUAGCAAAUUAAGUUAAUUCAGCUGUGUCAGAGAAUACAUUUUUGAAGGCAGUUGAGCAUGGCAGAAUUAACAUAAGCCAGACCACUUAGAAGGUGAGGUGGAGCUGACACGAGCAGGUAUAAAGGUGGCUUGGAUAAUCCAAAAGUGUGUAAGCACCAGGGACCUCUUGGCACAAUAACAACUUUAUUUCAAUUAAAUUGGCACAUUAUUGGCACAAUAACAACUUUAUUUCAAUUAAGUUAUGGUGCCCGGAGAAUCCCUUUAACAUCCUUAAACCAUAGACCCAACCUUUGUAUUAAUGGUUUUUAAAACUGUGUUGCAGGAGAAGAGAGAAAAUUCUGGAUAGUUCCUCUAGGGAAAUUACUUCUGCCCUAUGUUCCCGUGGAGGAGUCAAAUGUGUAUUCAAAACAUAUUUAUAUUAAUAUAUGAUCAAAUGAUGACAGUUUUGUUUUUAUUUGCAGGUCAGCUGAACUACCUGGGUUCAAGUCACCAGCUGUGGCAUAUACUUGCAGUUGUCAUGCUUUACUGGUGGCAUCAGUCUACAGUGCACAUCAUGCAGUACAGGCAUAGCCAACCUUGCCCAGCGUAUGCAGAAAAUGUGUGAUUAGAGGUACGUGAAAUACAUGGUAUGCUAUUAAUCAAAGCUAUAGAUGUUCCAUGUUUAAAAGAUAAGCACACUUCUUUUCUAGAAAUACAUAUUAGUUACAUUAAGCAGUAAACAUUAGUUCAUUUUUUGGACUUACUUUCCCUCUUCAUAUUCAGGAAAAGCACCCGACACUCCUCGAAAAGAAGUGAAAAAUAGAACUGCUCUAUAAAUCUUUUGAACAGAACUUUUGAAUAUUUGAGAGACACACCCUGCUUCAACAUCUGGCCUUACAUAGGGCAGGGUAGGCAACCUUUGACAAUCUGGAUUUUGUGGACUGCAUCUCCCCUAAUGCUUUGCAACCAUUGUGGCUGUAAGAGAAUUAUGGGAGAUGUAGUCCACAACAACUGGAGUGCCAAAAGUUGCCUACCCCUGCUCUAGGCAUGAAAAGCAUUACUGCAUAUUUGGGUGUACUCUCUCUGAUCUUUGUCAAACUGUUUUCAUUUAGUUUGAGAGAAUGAGCCUUAGGCACUAGGAGAGCCCCUUUCUUGUCAAUCACUGGGAAGCCUGUGGAUAAUGCAAAAUUUUACGUUCAAAAGUUAAGGACUAGUCUGAGAUCCUUAACCCUACCAUAUAAUAUUUAUAUGUCCAUACAUUCUUUACAUGUUUUUCUUUCAGUUUUUUGUUUUUUUUAUCUCUUUCAUGGAGAUUUUCGGGAUCCAACAUGAAGACUUCAGAAGCCAUGGACAUUUCCGAGGUUCUUGUUUCAGUGACAUGUAUACAUGGAUUUGUCGUCGUACUAUAAUCAUUACGGAACCUCCUAGAGGAAUCAGAGACGAAUAUGUUAUUUCUUGUAUUGAUGUGGCAUUCUGAAGUCGCUGAAGACUGAUUUUCUUCUGUCCUUUGUGAACUCUCUUGGAGAGAUUAAACUGUUUACUUUUGUACAGCAAGAAUCUGUGCAGUACAUGCAAAACUACAAUCUUGUGUGUCAGAAAAUCUAAUGCAUAACGCUGGCCCAUGUCUGUUCAAACAUUCCACAAACUGCUGUUGACUGUCAGUCUUUACCAUUGAAUCAUACAAGACAAGUGCCUCCCAGACUUGUCUUCAUAUGGUAUGUAUAUAUGUAUUUACCAAUUUUAAAUUGAGAGAGGCAUUUGUGCUUGUUAUUUUGGGGUGUUUUGCACUCCUAUGUACACCAAAUGUAUACAGCUUCCCUAUUGCAAUAUAUUUUAUGUAUAGACCUACUAAUGGGAAGUAAUAAGUUAAAUCCAAUAAGCUUCCAUUGGGAGUGGAGGGGAGAGAGUGAGUGUGUGUGUGUGUGUGUGUGUGUGUUAUGUUCCUCUGCCUUGUAAAUCUCAUUGAUGUCUAUUCUUCUAGGUAAUUUUUGAUAUACAUAUUGUACCAGCCAUGCUACUAUCAUACUUACAGAUGGUGAAGUAUUUGUGUUCUUCCACUUUUGUAGCACUGUGUCAAUGAUUCUAUUAUUGUGUACUACUAUUAUUAUGGCAAAUUAGAAUACAUGUAUAAUAGCCUAUUUGUGCAUUAAUGCAUCACCCAGCAUAUUUAAAGAACCAGUUUAGACACCAUAACAACUUUAAUAUACUUGAAGUUGUUAUAGUGCCAAUAGGCCUCCAGACGCACUCUUACCUCAAGGGGUUAAUCCGUUUAACCCCAAGUUGCCUUCAGCACCAAUCUCCCCCAAUCUCCCCUCCCCCCAGGCGGCAUAUAGUUUCUAAAAUUUCAGUUUCAGGAAGCGCGGCUCUCUGCUAAUCAGUAACUCCCCAUUCACAAAACUUGGCUUGAAAAGGUACGUUUCUUCCCAAACCAGUUUUGUGAAUGGGCACUUAAAGGAGACAUUUCCGUUAAAGUAAACAAUACAAAUUAAUACAAACGUGUCAAAAAAUUAUAAGAUUGUAUGAGUGUAGGCAAGACGGCUAGCACGUUAUGCAGGUCUCUUAGCAGAGGUGAAUUCAAUUUCCUCACUUUAAUUUAUAUUUUAAAUUGUAUUCACUGCUUUUGUUUUUUUUUGUUUUUUGUCCUUGUCUUUUCUACCCAUCCUGAAAAUCUCCUUUUUAAUCAUUAAAAUACACCUGUCAUCCAUAAGUGUUUGGUUGACAAGAUCUGCUUCGGGGAGAAAGUUUAAUCUGUGUUAUAGCCAAAUAACUGGCAGAUCUACUGACACUGUUUACUUGCACUUUCAAUGCUGCACAUGCAACGUGAUUUUUGUCCCUGAAAGAGUAAUACUGUACACUGUUUUUUGUUUGUCUGUUUUCCCUUCCUCCUCGCGAUUGAUGCACCUGGAAUCAAAUGCAUUGGGCUUUUAUCACUUUCCAGAUUUCUGUUGCUUUGUAGUGCUAAGCAUAUCUUCAUUUUAGCCCACUACACCAAUUCUUCUUCUGACUCCAUAAAAUGUUUCCCUGUACCGUCCCUAGCAAAAUAUCCAUUUCUACUUCUGUUCAAUUAUUACAGUUUUGAUGAUGGUGUGAUUAAAUUGUUUUAAUUGUCAUUAUGUCACUUUACAGAAACCAAAAUUGAUGACUCCAUAAAUUGGAAUUGGGGAUAUUUCUUGAAUACAGUUUUUUUGGAAAUCUUGUAUUAGGGGAACUUCCUGAACCUGGUGGUUUUUCACCCUCCCCUCCUCUUUUAUCGAGUACAUGCAGAUUAUAGGUUCUAGCUAUGUCAUUUUGGGUUUCUUCCUUGCUAACCAUUAGAUUUCACAAUUACCUGCUGAGAGUAAGAUGAAGACUUUAGUGCUAUAAGGACUGCUUUUAAGGACAGUUUUACUGUAAUCUCUUGUUCUAAUAAUGAAAGUGAGUUUGUUUUUAAUUCAGUGCACAAAACCAUUUACUUGUUGGUAUUUUUAUUUUAUUGAGUAUUGUUUCUUUUAUCUUCGUAAUUUAGUUUGUGGUCCUGCUAGUGUUACAUAGGCUGCAAAUAUCCAUUCUUAAUGCAUCCAUUAUGAAGCUGUUGCCCCACAUUUAAAAUUAUAUCAUGUUUUUGCAAGUAUUCUUCCGUUACUGUUUAAACAUCUGUGUAGACUGAUAAAACCACGUCUUCAGGCAGAGAAUUCCACAUCCUUAUUGUUCUUACUGUAAAAGCAUACAUUUUACUUGCCUUAAAUUGAUUUUUCCUUAGGAUUAGAGACAGUGCACUACAACUGGGAUAUCCUCUAAUCUGGAUUGAGAAAGACAGCCAGACUCCUAAACAUUUAAUUGGUUAGUUCCAUCCCCUAACUCCUCCUUCCUGUGGUAUAAUAUAUAUAUUUAAUACUUUAUGUUGAAAAUAAUGUAAUAAAUACAAAAACAAAAUAAAUGUAAAUUACAAAAAAUAAAGGAUUUAAAGGACCACUAUAGGCACCCAGACCACUUCAGCUCAAUGAAGUGGUCUGGGUGCCAGGUCCCUCUAGUUUUAACAUUGCAGCUGAACACAUAGCAGUUUCAGAGAAACUGCUAUGUUUACACUGAGGGUUAAUCCAGCCUCUAGGGCCGUCUCUCUAACAGCCACUAGACGUCGCUUUCCGCAAUUUACACACAGUAAAUAGCACUUAUUUGCCGCUGGACGUCCUCACAGAGUCCAGCGUCAAAAAAGAUCCACAUAGGAAAGCACCGAGUAAUGCUUUCCCAAGGGCGGAUUUGAUUGCGCAUUUGGCUCCACUCGGAAGCUGACGUCAAUGGAGGAGAGGUCACCAGUGCCCGGCGCUGGAUUAAGGGAAGCAAAGAAUGGUUAAUUAACCCUUUAUUCGCCGCAGAAAGGGGGGCCCUUGUCAGCUAGAUGGUGAUUAGGGCUGUAUAGUGUUAGGAAUACAUAUUUACAUUCCUAACGAUAUAGUGUUCCUUUAACCCCUUAAGGACACAUGACCUGUGUGACAUGUCAUGAUUCCCUUUUAUUCCAGAAGUUUGGUCCUUAAGGGGUUAAGUGCAAUACCUAGACCUCUCCUUAUUUAGGAAGACACCUCCAUUCUGAAGCAUCUGAUUGUGGUCUAUUCUUAUCCAAUAAACUUUUGCCUGGCAGGUUUUAUGAUGUUUUAGGAGAUAAGUAGUUUAUCACCCAACAGCAGUUCCACUCGUCAAUUAGCAUCAGUGGCUGCUAUCCGUUUACACAUAACUCGGUCUGUAAUGUAUUACAUUUUUUUUAGUUGCGGUGUUUUUGGUUUUUGUUUUUAUGGAUAAACUCCAGGCACUCUUUAUUACCUUUUAUUUUAUGUAUUAUAAGAUGUUAAAGGGAAACUAUAGAGCCAGGCCCCUCCCUACUCCAUUACAAUAUUUGAUCAGCUCAACCAGAGUUCUAUUCUUCUAGUCAGACUUCAAAGGUUACUUGCCUCUUCAUACCUGAAGAAUGCAUGGCACAUACACCAGGAAUGAAUAUCUACUCGCCUGGACUGAAUUUGCAUUCACUAGUGGCAAAUUAAAAUGUUGAGUCGUGACUUUGUCCAAUUUUACUUCAUUAAAGCUUCUCAUGAAGAAAUUAGAUGCAGUUAUAGCGUUAUUCAAUCAUUGCAGAUGAAGGGUGUCUUUAUGCCUCUAGUAAAAGUAUAUGACAAGAUUCAAUGCAAAUUAAGAUUAUUAGAACACAAACAAUUUUCUAAUAUAGUGUUUGUUUGUUUUUCUCAUGAAUUAAAAGGGUCUGUCUAAUGCAUUUAUUUUUGUCUUUUUUUUUUUUUUUUCACUUCUCUGAUCGUUCUAGUUUAAUUAAAGAGACACUGUAGGCACCCUAACCUUUCUUCUCAUUGAAGUGGUUAAGGUGAAGUCCCCAAGUACUGUCCUUCCAUUCAGUGUUUAAUGGUAAACGAAAGUCCCCAGUAUACUGUCCCCACAGGGCUGCACUGGCUAAUGGGGUAACAUUGGCAUGAGCAGCAAUGGGUGGUAGUGAUUUGUGAGUGUCAGCUGACCAUUGGUGGUGUUAAUUAAUAUGGAUAGAAGAAGUUGUUUAAAUUUCCCUUAGCUAUACCAUUGGGGGCAUGGCUGUGGGUGGCACAGAACUUUCAUUCAAUGUUGAACUGCUCAAAAAUUUAAUUUUUUUGAUAGUAUGUUUACCAUAAUUGAAAUAAUUUGAAAAAACGAACAUGGUAACAGCUACUUGCAUUUGGUUUGGACAUCUAGUCAUAACUUUUGUGACAGCUUCUAUCUGAAACUCCAUUAUUUUAUAAAGCUUCAGGGACUAGCCUAUGGGCUGGGUCCUCUGAAGUUCUUAGCUUUUAAAUGUUCUUUUUAAUUUAGUAUUAUGCCUUAUUUACCUGUAAUUCUUUGUGGUCAUGGUUGAAAUGGCUCUAUGUGCCUGUUAUAGAGUCAGAAGUUGGAACGUAACACUUGGCUAUACAAUGCAUUGCUAAAGAAUUAAUUGAACAUGUCUCUAUAAUUAUAAUAUUGUUUAUGAAAAUAAUCUAUUUUCUGCAGACUGUGGGUCCGACUGCACGCUUAUCUUUGGUCAUUGUAAUGUUUGCCUCAAUGUAAAAAAAAAUUAUAUUCAUUUUAUAUGAAUAAUUUAAAUAAAGUCACUUGUAAAUUCCACAAUUAUAUCACUAUAGAUUUCAAUAGUUUCAUAUAGGGGUUUAUUCACUAAAUUGGAAUUGCAGAGAACUGAUAAAAGAAUUGCAAAGUUUAGACUUGUAUACAGGACUAAAUACAUUUCUAAGUUGUGGUGUGUUUUUUUUAUUUAUUUUAUUGAAUUUUACCCAUGUUGGCCUAAAUGAGCACUUUCCUUGUCAGCUCUUAAUAAUCCCUGAUUUUUUAAAUAAACCAACAGUGUAUUUCACUCAGUAUUCUAUCAACAUUGGGACCAUUAUCCCAGGACAGUACUCAAUGAACGUCUGGUUCUGUGCAGAAAAUACUUUCGUGUUGGUGUAUCUAGCAUUUAAGACCUCCAUACACUAUUGUUAACUUCAGUUCUAAGUUCUAACCUUUCUAUGUCAUUGUCUUCUUUUCUUUUUACAUGUGCAUUUGAUGGCAGAAUAUGUAUAUUGUGCAAUGCAUUUAGCCUUAGACUGUUAGUAACAAUUCUAAAAAUGCUGCUUAAAACAAACUAUUUUGAUUAUUUUUUUUCCAUUUCAUUUAAAAAUGUGAAAGUGUGUGUGAUACUUUGAGAUUUUUACUAACAUGCUACUGUGUUCAAGAUAAUAAAUAAUGUCCAUUUGUUUUACAUCCAGGAACUGGUACAUUGUGUAAUUGCAAUGCUUAUUAAUUCCAGUGUACUAUCUUCCAAUUAAUAUUUUUAUAAAUAUUUAAGUUUAUUUAUGUACGAAUUUUAAAAAAGUGUACAUUAAAUGUAUUUAUGGAAUGAAUUAGAGGCAUGUUAAUUUUUUUCUAUUUAUGUGGUACUUGAAAUGCUCAGAUGUCAAAUAUUUAAACAGAGGAAUGCUUAAAAAAUAAUAAACUUGGCCUCUGUGUGCUUUACUAUUUUUUAAAUUUAAUUUUUUUUUUUUAAAGCAUUCAUUUAAUGUGUGAAUAAAAUGUGAAGAUAUACAAGGCCCAGUACGCAAUCAAACACCCAAAAAUCCAAAUAUAUGUACCUUACAAAAAUGUGUCUGUACUUCAAAAUCUUAUAUCAUCAUGUGGGGAAAAAAAUAGAAUAUAGUUUAGUUGAGAUCACCGCAGCGUAUUGUGUAUAUGGAGAUUUUGUGCUUUCCCCAAGCUUUACGGAGACUUGUGUGGUGGUCCUAUAGAGGUUAUAAGGCUCUCUUAUUCUGUUACUUGUGUGUGUCAACUUACCUGAAUUAUUGAGGAAUCUACUAUGUUUGUUUUUAUUGUUUAUUUCAACUUGAACCUGGUUACAUGAAAAUAAUACUGUGGCAUGUUUUGCCUCCUCAGUAUUGUAGGAAUAAUUUUUGAAAAAAUAGUGUUAUGCCCAUUGAGCAUAAUUUAGUAUCGCCUAUUGCAAUUAAAUGUGAUUUGUGUAGUGCAUAUAUGCAUUGGUCACUUAGUAGAGGAAUGUGCUAGGUGUCAGAUGCCAGAGAAAGACUUGCAAAGUGAAUUCUUCCAUUGAUGCCUGGCUCUCAAUGGUGUCCCUCUAUUAGGUGUGAAAUUUUACACACACAAACACUGCCCUUAUCUUUUUCUAAGACAUGAUUACUGCACCCCAUUUGCAAGACCAGUGGUUCCUUCAUAGACCAUCCCUUUUGGUCAAGUUUUCUCACGCAUAGAGAAUAUAUUUUGUCUGCAUUGGAAUUUCAGUGAAACAAUAAUUCUGGAUGGGGGUGAUAGAGAAUCUUAUUAGUUGUGGGGGGGUUUUUUGUUUGUUUUUUAAAAUAUGGAAUAUGGGUAUGACACAUACAGGGUAUGGGCUUUGGGAAGAGAAGGUGGAAAGACUUUAAACCUGCUUUAAACAGGUAAUUGAGCUGUAACAUAAUUGGCUUGCAUAGCCCUAGAUUCCACGUUAAAGGUACACCAUGCACCAAUUAACUUUAAUAAUAGAGAUCGGAAAGUUUCUAGCGCUUGUUGUAGAAGGCAGCUUGAAACACCCCAAACCAGAGUCCCUCCUAUUUGGUGAGUAAUAUAGAUGGAAAGAGGGGAACAGUGCCUUGAUGUGGUCUUUAAAUCCAGGUCUGUAUGAAACAAAAAGAGAACAAGCAAAAGGAAAUAUUGUGUAGAUUAGAAAUUAUUUUAUUUUACAAAACAGAAAUUAUAUUAUUAUACAUUCUGCUGGCAAUUUUACUUAUCUAUACUCUCAUAAUGCAUUCAGUGUCUUAAAGGACCACUCUAGGCACACAGACCACUUCAGCUUAAUGAAGUGGUCUGGGUGCCAGGUCCAGCUAAUGUUAACCCAUUGUUUUAUAAACAUAGCAGUUUCAGAGAAAAUUAUUAAUGGGUUAAGCUUUCCCCCAAAGCCUCUAGUGGCUGUCUCAUUGACAGCCACUAAAGGCGCUUGCGUGCUUCUCACUGUGAUUUUUUUUGUAAAUGCUUUCCUAUGCGACCGGCUGAAUGCGCGCGCAACUCUUGCCACGCGUGCGCAUUCAGCCGACCGGGCGGAACGGAGGAGGAGAUCUCUCCGCCCAGCGCUGGAAAAAGGUACGUUUUUACCCCUUUCCCCUUUCCAGAGCCAGGCGGGAGGGGGUCCCUGAGGGUGGGGGCACCCUCAGGGCACUAUAGUGCCAGGAAAACAAGUAUGUUUUCCUGGCACUAUAGUGGUCCUUUAACAAAUACAUAUAAGCAGUUUUGUUAAUCUAUUUUGCCGCUACUACUGUUUGUGGGGGGGGUGUGUUUUUUGCUUUUAGACUAAAAUUUCAGACUAUGUGCAUGAUAUUGCAAGGUAAAGGACACUGUAUACAGUCUAAAGUUUUAAUUUACCAAACAUUUGUAUCAAGGCUGAAUGUUUAAGUAAAAAAUAAGUGUCCUUUUACAUCAUUAAUUUUUUACAUUUGUCUACAAGCAUUAUGUACACAAAAUUGAUGUUAUAUGUAUAUGCUAGCUAUGCAUCCCUUGUUUCAAAUCAUGUUAUGCUAACUUUUUUCCUUUUCAAACGAAAAAAAUUAAAAUGAAGUGUUCAGCAGUGAAUUGGUUACAAGGGACACUAUAGUCACCAAAACAACUUUAGCUUAAUGACGCAGUUUUGGUGUAUAGAACAUGCCCCUGCAGCCUCACUGCUCAAUUCUCUGCCAUUUAGGAGUUAAAUCACUUUGUUUAUGAACCCUAGUCACACCUCGCUGCAUGUGACUUGCACAGCCUUCCUAAACACUACCUGUAAAGAGUCAUCUAACGUUUAUCCUUUCUAUAUUGCAAGUUCUGUUUAAUUUAGAUUUUCUUAUCCCCUGCUAUGUUAAUAGCUUGCUAGACCCUGCAAGAGCCUCCUGUAUGUGAUUAAAGUUCAAUUUACAGAGCAAGAGAUAAAAUUGUUUAAGGUAAAUUACAUCUAAUUGAAAGUGAAACCAGUUGUUUUUUUUGUUCCCAUGCAGGCUGUGUCAAUCAUAGCCAGGGGAGGUGUGGCAAGGGCUGCAUAAACAGAAACAAGUUGUCAGGGUCCCGCGGGCGGCUGCGAGGGGAGGUUGCAGUCCGCUCGCGGCACUCACCCUCCAGCCGUCCGCGGUCCCCCUUCAGCCGUGUGCUCGGCGGGCGGCACCCUCUCUCCCACGGGUGCCGUCCGCCUCUUCCUCUGUGUCUCCCAGCGGCAGCAUGUAUGACGCUGCACGCUGGGAGACCGCCCACUUUAACCAACGCCGGGGUCAGUCACCUGACCCGGCGUUAAAGGCACAGUGCCUCAAUCACAGUGGGAGGUUUAGAUAUCUCCCACGUGUGAUUGUUAAUUCUGAUUGGAAAUUAUCCAAUCAGAAUUAACCUUUGGAUUUAUAUACUUACCUUUCCUGUUCCUCUUCGCCCUGUUGUGGUCUUUGCUUGUUAGUAUUGAUUCUGAACUUGUGCUUCUGGUUACGUACUCUCUGGCUUGUUAUCCGACUCUGUGACUUUCUCCUACCCUUUGACCUCGGCUUGUUUCACGUUAUUCUGUCUUCUGGUUCCCCUUACUCGGCUUGUUUCCUGACUAUUCUUUGUGUGCUUAGCCCGGCCACUCUAAGGUCCGGUACGGCACUUUGUGUGUGUGUGUGUUGGCGUGUUUGGUUCCCCGAAUCGUGACACAAGUGAUUUAACUCCUAAAUGGCAGUGAAUUGAGGAGUAAAACCUGAGAGGCAUGAUCCAUACACCAAAACUGCUUCAUUAAGCUAAAGUGGUUUUGGUGGCUAUAGUGUCCUUUUAAUGAGGAGGAACCACUGUAUGAUCCUUUUUCUCCCCACAGGGAGUAACUUACAGGCUCCCUCGUGUAAAAUUCUUAGGAAUGCCCAGCUCCCUGGUAUAUAAUUAAGAAAAAUAUAUCAAAUCGUAAGGCCCAACUCACCCCAAUAGUGCCAGAGGAUGCCCAGUCCCCAUGACACUCUAAGAAAAAACAUUAAAUAUGUAUGCAUCGAGAAACGUGUGCUUUACCUGUUAAUAAGGGGAAGCCAAAUGUGAAACUCUUUGUAGUAGUACACUAACAAUCAGGCCCUGACAGAUUACCCCUACUGUUAAGAAACUUGAUCAUCCAAUGCCCUUGUAACCCUUAUCUUCUGCCUUUUAAAAUUAUUAUCCUUAAAAAAAUAAUAAUACUUUUCCUGGCUAAUCAUGGCAGCUCCUCCCUUAGUUGUCACAGGACAGGUAAAUUAGAAUAAUUAAUUAGACUGAUAGGUAUAGAGAGUCCCUCCUCCCCUUACACCACAGUCUUUUUUCCUGUUCCUAGCUGGUUCUAGAGGCCUUAAAAAUAUGUUUCUUUUUUGACCAUCUUCCUGCGUUUGUCGUGGGUUAUUCCCAAAUGAAGUUCAGCCUCUCUUCAUUUGAUGAACCCAGUAAACAGCCUUGACUAACUGGGUUAGGAUCAGCAUAUGUACUGAAAUGCUACAUGGGAUGAAAAUGGUGUUCUGAGGGAGACACGUCUUUAAGGUAAAAUAUUGGGGUUGGAUCUCCUUAAAAAUUUCCCCUUAUCCAUUACCCCUAUGGAUGGGGCCUAAUGUCCCCUACAGGAGGCAGUUGUGGAGCCAUACAUGUUUAUGGGGUCCACCUUUGGAGGAAACCCUUUUUCUUUAUUGCCGUUUCCUAUUUAGACUUGUGGGUUCUCUAUGUGCCUGCAGACAGUAAGGAUUAAUCUCUUUUUAUUUGCCUUUAAGUUUGGUUCCUCCUAAGGAACCAGAGGGGAGUGUAGCCGUCUGUGUCUUACACUCUCUAAGGCCGGAGAUGUCUCCUACCGGGAGGCAGUCUCCAGUGGAACGCGGCUAUCGCUGUCUACUUAUGUGCAAUCGGAAGUGACGCGAUUAGUCGCGCGGGUGAUGAUGCAAUCUGUUUGGAAAGCAUGGCGUGCGUUCCAAGCGUCUGCGCAUGCGUGAACCGUCUAGGUUUGGCGCUAUUUAAAUUCUGGGCAGUCUGGGGAUCCCUGUGUACCUGCAAGUCAUGGGUAUCCUGGCUAAACACCUGAUUCAGUGUAUUGAAGUGGUGCGGUUUCAUCAUUUGGCUGCUUGGAUUUUUCUUCCAUUUCAGAAGGUAUUUCUUCUUUCAUUUUUUUUUUUUCUUAGCUUCAGUGUCCAUUGUUUUUGCAAUUUGAUAGACUUCUUGCCUUAUUCUUAGUCUAGUAUUUCUAUUGUAGUAUGGAUUCUGCCUCUGCAAGAUCCCUCUCUAAAAAACAUAGUUGAGCCAAUGUAUAUUUUACAUUUUUAUUCGGGUGUUAAAGCAGCACUGUCAUGCCGAACUUAUCUUUCCCCAAUCAAUUCCUCUUCUCUCCCUCUCUCAGGAUCUGUUCUACACUUCUUCCUGUCUGCUCUAUUUUUCAUUAAAACUUAAGAAAAAGUAGGGACUAUUUCUCUUAUGGAGUUUUCAUACGCCGUGGCCAGCGGAGGAGCAAAGUGUGCUUCGUUUCCAGUGGUCACAGCAAUUUUCCCACAAUCCUUACCUUUCCUCCCUGUUCCCGCGAUACUUCCGGUCACUUAGACAGGAUGCCUUCAAAACUGCCGAAUUGCGUUCUAACAGUUUCUCCAUUCGUGUUAAAACAAAAUUCGGGACUUUGUUCGUAUGGGAAUUUCAUUAGAAUGAAUGAAACUCCAAUCCUAUUCAUGGCCGCGGCUGCAUCUUGCAGCCGCUUAGUAGAUAACUCCCUAAUUCCCACUGUAUUAGGGAGAAUUGGUCUUUCAGCCACAUUUACUAAUACUAAGUAAAGAUACUUAGUAUUGGUAAGAAGAAGUUCCAAAAGCAGAAAGAUUCAAGGGUAUUUACUCCACAAUGUUUUUGGCACCAAAACCACAAGGAAAGUGGUAUCUAAUUCUGAACUUUAAAAAAGUAAAUUCGUUGCUUAACGUAAGAAUAUUCAAAAUGGAAUCAUUACAAACGAUUAUGAAAAACUUCAAUUCCGGGGCCUACCGUUUGGCUUCAGCUUGGUACCAAGGACGUCCUCAAAGGUUUUCAUCACUUUAAUAGCCUUUAUAAGAGACAGAGGUAUAACAUUUUUCAUUAUUUGGAUGAUAUCCUCAUCAUAGGCCCAUCCCAUCGGAUAGUGGCUCAUCAUACUCUAGUGGCGAUGAACAUUCUUCUGGAUCGCGGCUGGAUAUCUAUAACUGCUCCCAGGAAGACAAUCUCAGCUCAGGCAUAUCUCUCAUCAGAAAGGGCCCUGAGAAUCCAAGACAAAAUCAGGAAAGUACAAACUCAAGAAGGCAUCAGCGAGAGUGGUUAGGAGUCUUCUGGGUUCCCUGACAUCCACACUUGGGCUAGUAAAAAGGGAUCAAUGGAAGUCACGCCAUCUGCAGAAUUGCUUUCUUCUUCAAUUUGACAGAGUAAAAGCAGAUUGGGAUCGAAAAUAACUCUUCCUUACUCUGUAAGAAAAACAUUGAAUUGGUGGAAAAACAACGAGAAUUUGGCAGAAGGCUUCCCAUUGGAGGAACCUUCUUGGAACAGAUGCAAGUUCUUUUGCAUGGGAGGCCCACUUUGAAUCAAUAUGGAAGCAAAGGAAGUGGACCCGCGAAGAGAGCUGUCUGCACUCAAAUUUGAGGGAACUAAGGGCCAUAUACAGAGCGGUUUCUUCUUAUGUGAACAAUCAAGGAGCCACAAGAAUUGAUAGAAUUGGCACCCUUGAUGGAAGUGGUUCCUUCAAGAAGGCCUGGACAAAAGCCUUAGUAUCAGCACUCUUAAAGUUCAGUCCUCUGCUUUAUCAGCACUGUGCAAUGUCUCUUGGGCUUCGGAUCCUUUGAUCUCGAGAUUCUUCAAGGCAGCCUUCAGGAUGAGACCUCCUACCAGAUCCGGUACCCCUACUUGGGACCUUCCUCUGGUACCUGAACUACCUGAUUGAUGAUCUGUUCGUUCCUCUGGAAAAUUUGGAUGAUACCCUUCUGACUUACAAGACCCUGUUUUUUGGGGCAAUUACUUCUGCAAGAAGAAUUUCGGAGAUUAAAGCUUUUUCUACCAUGGCCUCCUGUUUGCAGAUCUAUUAGGAUAGGGUGUGUCUAAGGCCAAAACCGUAGUUUCUUCCAAAGGUGGUCUCUCCGUUUCAUCUGUCCCAAGAAGUGGACCUUCCAUCAUUUUAUCCUAAUCCAUCUUCUGAAGAAGUUAGGUGGCAACGUUUGGAUGUUAAGAACUGUUUAUCUCAAUACCUAAUUCAUUCUGAGUCUUACAGAAAAACUGACCAACUCUUUAUUCUACCUUCAGGUGCUAGAAGAGGAGAGGCAGCUUCUAUAGCUACGUUGAAUUGUUGGAUUUCAUUGAUAAUCAGGAAAGCCUCCAAGGGUCAGCCUCCUCCAGUUAAGAUAAGAAUGCAUUCUACUAAAGCUUUGUCGACUUCAUGGGCUAACGGGGCAGAGGUUCCAUAUGACGAUAUUUGCAGAGCAGCCACCUGGUCUUCCCCGAUUGAUGUUUGUCACAAACGCACCCUACUUCAAGAGUGUGCGUGACGCAGUUGUGGUGGUGAAAGGGUUAAAGUUCUCUAUUUGUGUGCACUAGACCGGAAAUAAUGAUAAAAUCCCCCUCAACACCACCCACACUUAAGCAUAAUAAUAUAAAUUUUACUAUUUUAAUGCUGCCACCACCAAGACAAUUUAUAAAUGGGGUGCCCUGGUCCCCCAGGUAACUUAAUAAUAAAAACCCACAAAAUACAACUUAGCACAAUAUCUGUGUAAUUGCAAAAUACUAAAUAGUCUGUUCAUGUAAUGUGAUUCUUAACCAGACAAAGCCAGAAAUUAAGAAAGGAAUAUUUAUUAUGAGCAAAAAAAAUAGUCACUGUGCAUACAAAAAUAUAGAUGACAAUCAAAUUAGUUACACCAACAAUAGAUAAAAACUAAAUGGAUCAAAUAACAGAAGUCCUAAUUACAUACUCAAUCUUUCAAAGUACAACUUCUGCCCCCAGGGGGUCUCUGGUAAGAAAGAUGGUGACUCACUUAGAAUUAGAUUCUGGCCCCUCAAGCAAGUACAAAGACACAUUUCAGAAUCAUUAAACAUAUACUCAGUGGAUUACCAAGCCCUGCCAAGAGGUGGAGAUAAUGCAUAACUAUACGUGACCACCCCCUUGUGUUUCAGACCAACACCAAUCUAAAUUUGGUCCUAUCUCCUCUUAUGUACUUGUCACAGAAAAAUAAUAAUUGCAUCUAUGAAUUGGUUACCAUUUCUCCAUUCCAUAGAUGUCACAUUUCUUACUUGUGACCCAAUAUAGCGAACAACACAAUCCCUUCCCCUAUGGUUAAGUUACCUAACUCAUGCUUGGGCUUCAUUAGAAGAUUGUGCUGGUCACGUUCCAAAUAUAACAAAAAAUGAGGCUUAAUUAUUAUUCUGUGGGUAAAUCUUAAUGUUCCUUUCUUUUGGAUAUGAUACUGGAACACAAGGCUUGUUCUUUCUCUUUUCUUGAAAGCUAAUGAUCGUUAACAUAUCAAAGAAAUCCACCACUCAAUUAAAAGGUAGAUGCUAUAUGGCUGAAGUCAGCUAGUUUACAUUAGACUUCCAGGCCACUUAUGUGUGACUUCUCACACCCUACUGAGCUUUUGAUUAAUCAAAGCACAUGGUAAACUGUCUGCUCCCUUUUACAUUCCUAUGCAAUUCACACUACCCCUUCUGUCAUCUGAUCUUUACCAAGUGUUCAAUUCAUAUAUGCACUACACAAAUUACAUUAAUAUUCUAUUGUGCAACAAUGAAUUAUGCACCCUUGGUGUGACACCUCCCCCAAAUAAGAGACGCAGUGGGAGGCGGCUCCUAUGCCUCUACGUUGCAUAUCUACACUUGUUCUUUUUUGCCUCCACAUCAUACACAUCUUUUUCGUAACACUGUUUAUGCAUGAAUGGAGUAGCCCUCAUGUGUUCGCACACCUCCCCCCAAAAGGCUUGCCUUUAGUCCCUAAGCCAUAUCUACAACACACAUGCCUGUUUCCAUUUCCCACUGGUCACAUCUCUCGGGCCACACCCACUGCUCCUAUGCAAUAGCUAUAAGGGUGAAAAAAUAACAGAUUUCUGCAGUACUCCCCUUUUAAUACACAAAAGAUGAGACCGAGAACACUCCCAGGGUACUUGCGCUGUAUCAACACCCUUCAUCUCUUAUUUGGGUGUCUGUCUGCUGGGCUCGUCCCACUGCCUCUGAACCUUUGCUUCAGAAUCAGACAGUGGCUUAGCGACAGACUCCUGCUCCUGAACUAGCUGGGGUGUAUGCGGGAUGUGAGAUGGUAAUAAGCUGACAAGGUUCCUGGUUCCCCCAACAGUAUACUCCUCUGCGGACAUUCUCCCUGGACCCACUAGCUGAGUCUGUCCCUGCCCUUCACUUUGGCCAGACUGGGGAUGGGUCCCCCUUUCUACUGAUGGAACCUAUUGUCUCUCCCUCACUUUCAUUCCAUAUCCUCAUACACACAGAACCUUGGGAACUGGCUGAGUCUGACGCAGAAUAA